ACAGACGGCUGGUAUCUUUUGGAUCGUUGCCGCCACCGCCAGUUGUCAACAUACUAUCCGAUCGUCGAGACACGCGCGUGGUUUUGCACGCACGACACUAUAGCGUCCUAUUUGUAUGCCGUGUUCGAUCGUUGUUGCACCGUGAAACUUAAUCCAGCUGAUCGUACGAUCGUCAUUUUGCCCCUGUCACAUAGCUGCGUCUGGCAUUGAUCAAGUGACGAUCCACGGAUGAUAAAAGUGAAACAGAGUGAGCGAACGAGAAAAGUGUGUCAAAGUGGAGACCAUUUGUAGGGAAAACGUAACGCACACUUGAGGUUUAUUGUUGUGAAAGGAAUCUGUUCGUUCUCUCUGUGUUCGUUAGGAGUUUUCACUCCAUCCACCUUAGCUUGCAGUUUUUUUUCUAGCGAAGGGUGCUUUUUCCCAACAACAGUGUGAACGCGAAAAAGAGCGAGAGAGAAUUGUGCUUUGGGGUGCUUUAAAGGCGAUAAAGGCGCAGAAAACAAUAGCGACAAUCUGUGUGUUUGUGCGUAACAGAAAAACCGCCACCUUCUUCCUUCCCAAAACGAACAAAAGUGUGGCCGUGAAAUUGUUGUGAAAAAUAGGCAUUUUAUGUGCAGUGCUGGCCGACGGUUUUACAAUAACGGUAGCGAAGGUGCACUAUUUUUUACGGUGCAAAAAGGAAAAGUUCCAGGUGUGACUGAUACGUGGUUUGGAAAGAGUUAUCUAAGAGAGCGAAGUGUAUAAAGUGUAGCUAUCUAUCGAUAUUGUUUUUUUGUUAUACCCCUCUGAGCAUACACAAACAACUACUUAAACAGCGCAACAAUGUACAUGUACGAUCCACCGAAGAAAAACAAUUUCACAUCCGUGGAAGAAUUCCAGGAGGCAUUCAACCUGUUCGAUAAUCGUGGCGAUGGUAAGAUUCAGCAGCAGCAGAUCGGCGAAUGUCUGCGAGCACUUGGUCAAAACCCGACCGAAUCGGACGUGAAGAAGUUCACGAUGCAGCUGAAACCGGACGAGCGUGUAUCGUUUGAAGUUUUCCUACCCAUCUACCAGGCCAUCUCGAAGCAGCGCACGGCCGAAACGGCGGACGACUUUAUUGAGGGCUUGCGUCACUUUGACAAGGACGCCAGUGGUUUCAUUUCAUCUGCCGAACUGCGCCACCUUCUGACAACGCUCGGUGAGAAGUUGGGUGAUGAUGAGGUGGAACAACUGCUCCAGAACCAGGAGGACUCGCAAGGAAACGUCAACUACGAAGAGUUCGUUCGGAUGGUUAUGAGCGGCUAGAAUGGUUGGUUUUCAACCAUUUUUAAGCGCAUUGGUGGUGAUGUUUGCGCCGUACCAUUCUCACAUUUGCUUUCUCGACAUCCCCUCGCACGUCAAUGAAGGGCCGGGAAAGCUGGCCAAACACACCAAAAUGCAAACAUACACACACCACAUACUAAUCAGAGAUAGACUUACGGAAGAGUAUCGUUUACUUAAGCUACUUAUGUUUCCAUUCCUGCAACGUUCGUUCAUGACGAUGUGUUUUGUAUCCGUGUGUGUGUAGGCGCGCGCAUGACGAACCGCGCUUAGGCAGACAUUGCAUUUUCCCUUCGCCACUGUGUAGGGCCCAGAAUUGAGUAAAUGAACAAUAUUUUUGUUUUUCUUUAACUAUAUAAUCGCAACACCGGAACGUUUGUUUUUGUUUUCAAGCUGAGUGUGUGUAAUAAUGCACAAAGCAAAGAAGGAAAUUGCACAUUGAUUUACCUUUCUCUAGCGCUAGCGUUUGGUUACGUCCCAAAAUUUGCCAGAUAAUAUGAGCUAAACGAGCGCAGUAUUUAAUGGACGGUAAGGGAAGGAUCUAGUGCCGGAUUAAACGUGCGGCGUCGGGGUAUACAAGAAUAGUGUUUACUGUGAGAGAACGUGAGCGCGUGUUUCAAAGUAUUAAGCCAAUUUUUCCUUUUCGGAUGGCUGACAGCAUAUGCUCGAUUCAUCCCAUGUUUUGUUUCGAAUUUAAGUGUGUGUAAUCAAGCACUAGGAUCUUCUCUUUAAACAAUAAAUAUGCUCCAGUUUAGGAGACAAUUAAA